GACGACUAAAUAAUAAUAUUUUCUCUUUUCAGAUUGACUAUAUUCAGUGUAUUUAGUAACUAAAUUACCAUGCACUCUCAUUUUUCUUUUAUCAGGUGCAAUUGUCUAUAGCUCAGUUCCAAUUGAAGAGUUUCUCUAACUAUGCCUGUUGGUGCAGAUGGCUUCAGAUUGCCUACAGUCACAGAAGAGGCAUCCAAACCUAAGAUAGAAGUGCUUGCUGGCCCGAGUCAGUGUGAUACUUUUCAAACAUUUGUCAUCCAAGAUGAGGAUCACACACUAGGCAAUGCUCUGAAGCACAUCCUUCUUGAAGACCCGGCCGUGUUGUUUGGAGGCUACGUGGUCCCUCAUCCCAUGGAGCGACGCAUACAAGUCAGGAUCCAAACCGUUGCCGGCGAGUCGGCAGUCAGCGUUCUCAAGCGAUCCCUUCUUAAACUCAAGCAGCAGAAUCUCGCCGUCAAGAAAAUGAUUCAGGAGGAAGUGGAGCGCUACAAGGCAGCUCAUCCCGACCACGUUCAAUAAAUUAUUUUUGUUU